UGCAUGCUCAAACAGCUGAAGACAGCUGGGUGUGUCAAACAAGGUGGGAAGAGGACAGAAAGAACGAUAGACAGAGAAGAGGACAGCCUGAAAAGCAUUCAUUGAUCUCGACCACAGUGUAGAGAACAAAAGGAGAAAACACUACAGUGAUAUUGACCUGCACGUCCGUCAACGUUUUGCUGUCCAGCUACAGGCUUGGCCUCAAAAGGACUCGGAGGAAGCCUCAACACCAACAUCCUCACAGGCCACUGGUGUAUGUAUCAAAUUGGAUGAAAGACUUUCGUUCUUGGCGUUUGGUGUCUCUCUGAAGUGGACAGCUCAUAAGACGAGCAGAAGUGGAGUAAAACGAGAGGAAAGGAGGAGGAGGAACACAUAACAUGGCAGAGGCACCCAAGAUCGAACUGUUCAUCAAGGCGAGCGAUGAUGGAGAGGGCGUGGGAAACUGCCCAUUUUGCCAGAGACUCUUCAUGAUCCUCUGGCUGAAGGGUGUUCAUUUCACCCUCACCACUGUUGACAUGAAGAGGGCUCCAGAGGUGCUCAAAGAUUUGGCCCCAGGGUCACAGCCUCCUUUCCUUAUCUACAACGGAGAGGUACGCACUGACACCAACAAGAUUGAAGAGUUUUUGGAGGAGACUCUGGCACCCCCCCAGUUUCCCAAGAUGAGCUGUCGCUACAAGGAAUCCAAUGGUGCUGGGGAUGAUAUCUUUCACAAGUUCUCUGCAUAUAUCAAGAACCCAAAUCCUGGACUCAAUGAAAUGUUGGAGAAGAAGUUUCUGAAGAGUCUGAUGAAACUGGAUCAGUACCUUCUGACUCCGCUCCCAUAUGAGCUGGACAAGAACCCAGACUCGUCAGUGUCGACACGAGAUUACCUGGAUGGAAAUGCUCUCAGUCUUGCUGAUUGCAACCUGUUACCCAAGCUGCAUAUAGUCAAGGUGGUGUGUAAAAAGUACCGAAGCUUUGAGAUUCCUGCUGCUCUGACUGGUCUGACCCGCUACCUGGCUAAGGCUAACGAGCAGGACGAGUUUCGCUACACCUGCCCCAAUGACUCAGAGAUUUUGCUGGCCUAUCACUCCGUGGCCAAAUACCUCAACAAGUGAUUUAGGAUCAGGGCACAGCCAGGCAGGAACAGGAACACUGGAAUGUAAAGGAGAUCAUAAACAUCGCCACAACAACAAUAUACUACUACUACUACUACUAAUAGUAUAUAUUGUAGAUCAAAAUUGUAAUUUAUAACUGUCAUGAAAUUUACCAUAUAAGCACUGUAUAAUUAGGUAAAAACCCUAAGCACUGAUGAUCACACUGUAGUAGGCUAGGCAUUUGCUGUGCCUGGUAGACUUGUGGCAACAACAUUAUUCUGAAAACACAUUGAAAACACCUCAAUAUCAAUGGGUACCUGGACAAAAUGCUAAAUCAUUUCUUGCCAUUGUUCCUAAAUACAUUAUCAUUGCAGUUUACAGGUUUUUAUUUCUUUGGCAACAAAUUGCAGCUUUAGGUAUAUUACACCUUUAAAGUGAACAUUGGAGAUUUCAUAGUUUUGGAAAUUAUUUCACUGUGGCAAAAACAAUUUCUAACUCCUAUUUUGGCUGAUAAAGAGACAGCUUUCUAUGAGUGUGAUGGUUCACGCAGGCAUUGUCAUUUCUCAAAGGAAAGGAAGGAGGUGGUAAGGUCUGUUCUCAUCUUUCUGACUGCUACCUAUCCAGAAAAUCUAUUCCUCUGACUGAGAAACAGCCUUUGAACGCUAACAUAAGAAAUAAAGUGAGCCAACAGAAAAUAUUUGUGUCACCUUUACUGUAUUAUAGACUUACUUAUAAAUCAAUCAUAAUAAAGUUUUUCAUU